CAAGCCCAGCCCCAAAUCCCCAGGCACAUGUGUAAAUUGCAACAUGUCUGUAGAUAAUGAAGAAUUAAUUACCUGUGUUUUUAAUCUUAACACCUCUCCCAUAGCCAAAGAGCUGAUAUGGACAAUAAGGCACUGGAAUCUGAUUCUGUGAGUAUCCCCAUGGAGGAGACUGUAGUGUGUAACGGAGGCAGCCAACCUUUAGCUCAGUCUCAGCUGCAGCUGGAGCCACCUAUAUCAGCCCAUCUGAGCAAGGUAGAGAACCAGAUUACAGAUGGGCAGUGCUUUCCCCACAUACCCAAACGCUCAUCCGUGGAUCUGGAGUUCAUUGAUGUCUCCUACACCAUCCGAGAAGGACCAUGUUGGAGGAGAACAGGUUUCAAAGUUUUAUUGAAGUCACUUUCUGGGAGGUUCGGCAGUAGAGAGCUGAUAGGUAUCAUGGGGCCCUCUGGGGCCGGAAAGUCCACUUUAAUGAACAUUCUGGCUGGAUACAGGGAAACAGGGAUGAAGGGUCAGAUCCUGGUAAAUGGGAAACCCAGAGACCUGAGGACAUUUAGGAAAAUGUCCUGCUACAUCAUGCAGGAGGACAUUUUGCUGCCACACCUCACUCCCAGGGAGGCUAUGAUGGUUUCAGCCAACUUAAAGCUGGAUGAAACCCUGGAAGUGAAAAAAGAGCUGGUGAAUGAGAUUCUAACUGCCUUGGGGCUCCUUGACUGUGCCCACACUCGUACUAGCUCCCUCUCUGGUGGUCAGUGUAAACGUCUGGCAAUUGCAUUAGAACUGGUCAACAACCCUCCAGUCAUGUUCUUCGACGAACCCACCAGUGGUUUAGACAGUGUGUCCUGCUACCAAGUGGUGUCCUUAAUGCGCUCCCUGGCUCUCGGAGGACGUACUAUUAUCUGCACCAUUCACCAGCCAAGUGCCAAAUUGUUUGAGAUGUUUGACAUGCUUUACAUCCUCAGUCAGGGUCAGUGCAUCUACAAAGGGUCAGUGCCAUUCCUUAUUCCUUACAUGAAGACGCUGGGUCUCUACUGCCCAACCUAUCACAACCCUGCUGACUUUAUUAUUGAGGUGGCCUCAGGAGAGUAUGGGGACCUGAACCCCGUGCUCUUUGAGGCAGUUCAAGGUGGAAUGUGUGCCUUAGAACACAAGAAGAACACUUGUGAAACCAAUUUGACAUUGGUUUGUGCAGCAAGCAGUUCCAUGAAUAUUGGACACAUAGAAAGCCAUACUUUUGCCACAAGCACACUCACACAGUUCUGCAUCCUCUUCAAGAGAACCUUAAUAACUAUAUGUCGAGAUCAGGUUCUGACACAUCUCAGACUGAUCUCCCACAUCACCAUUGGUGUAAUAAUAGGUUUGCUUUAUUUGAACAUUGGCAAUGAUGCCAGCAAAGUGUUUAACAACACUGGAUUUCUCUUCUUCUCUAUGCUGUUCCUCAUGUUUGGAGCACUCAUGCCAACAGUGCUGACAUUUCCUCUGGAGAUGUCUGUGUUCCUACGGGAGCAUCUUAACUACUGGUACAGCCUGAAGGCUUACUACCUGGCCAAAACCAUGGCUGAUAUCCCAUUCCAGGUAAUCUGCCCCAUCAUGUACUGCAGCAUUGUUUACUGGAUGACAGAGCAGCCUCCUGAGGCCACCCGCUACCUGCUCUUCAUAGCCCUUUCCGUCUGUACUGCCCUGGUGGCCCAGUCCUUAGGCCUGCUGGUUGGUGCUGCUUCCACCUCUCUUCAGGUAGCAACAUUUAUUGGACCUGUCACAGCGAUUCCAGUGCUGCUUUUCUCCGGGUUCUUUGUGAAUUUCGACACCAUCCCUAAUUAUCUGCAGUGGAGCUCCUACGUGUCCUAUGUCAGGUACAGCUUUGAAGGUGUGCUACUGUCUAUCUAUGGGAUGAACCGCUCAGAGCUGGAGUGUCCUGGGAAGGUGUGUAAGUUCCAACAGCCUGAAGAGGUUCUGCAGCUAUUAGAUGUGGAAGAUGCAAAGCUCCACAUUGAUUUCAUUGUCUUGGGUAUCUUCUUUGUCAUCCUUCGACUGACCACCUACCUCGUCCUACGCUACAAGGUCAAGUCUGAGAUAUAGGUUUUCAUAUCCUCUUCAUUUGACUCGUUCUUGUGCACAGAGAAUAGAAUGUCAUACUGAAGUUUGCUUUCUUUCCUUAGCCAUUCAGUGAUUAGAAAGUAUACUUAUGGGAGCAAUUUUUUAGGGCAAUUCAGUAUUAGACUGGACUUGUUCUUACAGCAGCUGUCUUUAAGAGACACAACAGUGCAUAAUCUCCCUCCUUCACUAAGUCUGUGAACAUUCACUGGGAAAAAUUACCUUUUUUCCAGCCACACUUUUUGUGUUACAAACCACCCUCAUACUCAUCUCCAUCCACUCCACCCUGCCUGCACCUGUCUUCAACUCCCUAGUAUUUUACAUGGUACUUUGGAUGAUUGACCCAAAAUACUUCAACUCAUCAUCUUUUUGCACCUUUACUCAACGGCUUCACCUUCUCACGCAUUCCCCUCAUUAUUCACAUACAUUUAUUUUGUAAUGUUUCAAAAUGCAAAAUGAUGUGUGUUUGGUUAAACGAUUCUUAUACAGCUAAAAAAAUAACUUUAUGAAUCGGUGCUGUAAUGGUUCCCUAUGUAAGGAAAACUUGCCAUAUCUUCUCUGCUAUUACCAAAGAUUUUAUACUGCUAGUGACUCUAGUUUAAUGUUUCUUAGACUGGAUGAAGACAUAUCAGCAAUGUAGCAUUUAUCCAUGUGACAAACGGAGUCUCAUUAGUAUGUGGAAGAACUGCAUAUAGCCCUAAUAGCCUAGCAUCUCAAUGCUGACCCAUUUGGGAUACACACCGCUGUGGAAUGGCACUUGUUGCAAGUCAAUCAAUGUGGUUGAGUUGGUCACUCUGGCAUGAACAGCAUGCCCAAGCUAAUCCCAGGGAGUAUAGACUGGGCCAAUCCAAGCCCUGACAAACUUGUCUGCAGGUCAGGUUCCAGAAACAUAAAAUAAGAGACAUAAGCAGAAAAUGCGAUUUGGUUUAUUUUCUUAUUGGUUCAACCCACAUUCAGAUUAAUUUCAAUAAAAUUAUAUGUAAAAUUAUUAAAAAGUUAAUUUAUUUAAGUAACUCCAUUCACUAAGUGAAAUACAUUAUAUAGAUUAAUUACACACAGACUGAUGUUUCGAAGCCUUUAUUUCAGUUAACUAUGAUGAUUUUCACCUUACAGCUACUGAAAACACAUUUAAGAUUGAAAUAUUACGUUGGGCCAGAAAAAACCCAUUUAAUUCAGAAAUGUGGGCCUAAUGAAAAUUAUGUUUAAUAGCUGCCUGUACCUGUACUUUCAAUUUGACAGACGAGCCUCAACAGAACACAUAUUCUAAUUUACUGAGAUAUACCUGCACUCAACCUACAAGUGCGUUUUCUUUAUAAAUGUAACACCAUUUAGAGGAAACAGGCUAAAUGGCUUUCCAAAGGUAUAAGAUUUAUUGCCAAGAAGCAAUCUUACAAGAAAAAAAUCAACCAAGCACAAACUUUUUUACUUUUUGUGCUAAAUUUAUAUAACAUAUCUGAUCUUAUAAUUAUCCUUGAUUGACAAUGUAUUUGUAAUACAUAUUCCUCUGGCAAAGAAACAAAAUUCAAAUAUAAAUUGUUUUCAUACAUACUGAUAGUUAAAAUGUGCAUUUAUAUAUUAUUUCCAAGAUGAGAUGAUUUCUACCAACAUUUACUUUCAAAAACCAUUAUUUAGCCUUAGCUGUUUUCUUACACUAUGACAUAUUGUUAGCCUCAUAGCAUAAUUGCCUAUGUCAUAAUUUAGCUUACUGUUACAAUAUCAAUAAGAAAUAUAAUGUGCGUGCUGAAGAAAUUUUUUUUUUCCUGUUUUCCGAAAUGUUCAAUAUGAUUUAGUCAAUAGUAUUUUUUUAAUUUGCUGUUGUCUGUGUACGUCCUGCAGUGCCUCAAAAACACAACAUGCUGAUAAUCAUGUUUGGUGCUAUCUGCUAUCAUGUUUAAUGUGAAAUUUUAUGUAAUACAUUUUAGGCCUCUAGACUGCACAUUUUAAAGGACAUUAAAUACUAUAGACAGGCCAAAGAUAAUUAAAUGUAAAUGGAAGAUUGUUCAUAUUUUAUUUACAGUUAGUGAAAGUUUGUCAUUUGUAUUUGUUGUGUUCUGAAAGAACUGAGUUUUUUUUUUUUUUUUUUUUUGGUUGAAUUCAAUAUGUACUUUUGCAGAGGAAAACAUGAAACACACCAUUUUUACUGAAAUAAAAAAUGGAAUCCUGACAGUACAGUUCUAAGUAUGGUUUUAAUUUCUCAUAUUGCCUUGAAGAUAGGGGUGAAGAAUUCUGUUGUAGCUUUGGUGAUAAUCUGUAAAUCUUCCACUAGAUGUCACUGUAUCCUAAACACUUGACCUUUAAAUCGUGAUAGGUUUAAACAUCCCAACAACUUGACCAGUAAAAGUACUGUAGAUUUAAAAACGGGCGGAUAUUUAAAUAAACACCAAGCUGACAAAUGCA